AUUCGUUACAUGAAGAAAUAGUUUGGGGAAAAUUUUAUCCCAAUGGUAAUUUUUUACCAAAAACUUCAUGAACUUUUGUAAAAAAGUUCACACUGUGAACUUAUUCACAAAAAUAUUCACACGGGCCCAGUUUUUGGUAUUUUUUUAUUGAUGGGAUCAAAAAAAAAUUCCAGAAUUUUAUUUUUCUUCACAAUGCAUGCUCUUAAUUCAUAUUAUGUGAUAAAACCAACCUUUCCCAUAAAAAAAAAAAAAAAAGGAAAAAAUAGAAAACCAAUCUUCUGCUCCUAUUGACGAAACUAUAAACUCAUCCCUUUCAUCGUGCUCCCUUCUCCUUAAAGAUGUUGCAUAUGUGUUAUGGUGGAAACCCUCUAGAGUUAGCCAAGACUGCAGGCUGCUUAGCUUCCUUUCAACAUAAUAAUUUCACCCUUUUUCCAAAAUUUGGAUAUUCAAAUUGGAAAUGUUUAAAACCCAGAAAUUAUAAGACUCAAAAUUGGGAUUUUAGAAUCUUGUUCUUGGAGAAAGGGUGUAAGAAACAGCUGAUAACCCGAAAUUCGGAGAGCGAAUUCGAGGUGUUGGAUGAUGAGGAGGAGCUUGAUGGACCUCAGAAGAGAUUUAGGGAAAGAGGAGAAGAGAAAGACUAUGACCGGGACCCGGAAUUUGCUGAAAUUCUUGGUAACUGCCUUGAUGAUCCGGAUACUGCUCAGUCCAAAAUGGAGGAAAGGUUGAGGAAAAAAAAGAACAAGAUAUUGCAAGUUAAAACUGGUUCUGGCUCACCCAUGAAAGUUACAUUCAACAAAUUUGAUUUCACAAAUUCAUAUAUAUGGUUUGAAUUUUACAAUUCUCCACUACAAAAAGACGUUUCUUUGAUUUGCGAUGUUAUUCGGUCGUGGCACAUCAUUGGACGUCUUGGUGGUUGCAAUUCACUGAAUAUGCAGUUAUCACAAUCUCCAUUAGACAAAAGACUAAGUUAUGACGCUAUCCAAGGAGCGAAUGUUGAUCCGACCACCUUUUAUAAUAUAGGGGAUCUUGAGAUUCAAGACAAUGUGGCACGAAUAUGGGUUGAUAUUGGGACAAGUGAAUCGCUGCUUCUGGAUGUUCUAUUGAAUGCAUUGACACAGAUAAGCUCUGAUUUUGUUGGCAUAAAACAAGUUGUCUUUGGUGGAUCUGAAUUCGAGAAUUGGAAGGAAAGCUUGACCGUAGAAGAUCCUGGUUAUAGUGUGCACAAGAUAUGACAAGCCUAUCUUGGAGGAGCGUAUGGUAACAGUUUGUUAUGAUGUAUGAAGGUAUGCCUGUACAAGUCAUUUAUCGAGAUAUUUCUGAAAAGCCAAAGCAAAUGUCACCUUGUAUUUGGAGGCCUUGCCAAUAUUGGAGUGGAUAUUUCCAUGACACCAGACACCACUUCAAGCAUGCUGUGACAUUGUGGAUCGAAGUAGAAUGAGAAGCUUAUAUGUCAUUCAACACGCUUUCUACAAUGAUGAAGCAUUGUACAUCAGAGACUGACGUUAUGCAGAAUUUUAAGUUUCUUUUUGCAUAAAGUUGAUUGUAGUAUCAUCCAAGAUGUGAAAUGAAUAGUGUCUAAUGGUUUUUUUAGGAUGCCCUACAGCAGAAAUUUCAUAUGUGAGAUUGACAAGCCACAUAAAUAUCAAGAAGUAACAAAAUCAAUUUUGCAA